UCUAUCUGGAUUCUGUUCCCAUGUCCUCUUUAGGCAGAAGGAAAGAUAAAAAAAUGUUUCUUUUCUUGAAGUCUUUGUCAAGAUCAGUCCAUGAUGAAGAACACACAGAAGAUGAAGCAGCUGCUGAAUUCAAGAUUGAUAAUAUUGAUCUGAAUGAUCACUGCACAUCGUUGACAGUUUGGAGAAAAUCGCUUAUAACAAGCUGCAAUGGAUUUACGGUAAUCGACACAAAUGGAAAUCUUGCUUAUCGAGUCGAUAAUUACAUGGGAGGACGUCCUGAAGAAGUUGUUCUUAUGGAUGGCGCCGGGAAAUCUCUCCUCACAAUGCGACGUCGAAAGAAGCUGACGAUAGUCCAUAGCUGGCUGGUUUACAAAGGAGAAGGGGAUGAUGAUAAUGAUGAUGAUGAUGGGUGUGGUAGAGAUAAGUCAUGGAAGAGGCCAAUUUACAGUGUCAAGAAGCAGAAGGGCAUUCCAGGGAAUCGAAAUGUGCUAGCGCAUGUGUAUCGAGGAGCUUCAAAUAAAAGAUACGCGUAUGCAGUUGAAGGUUCUUACGCACAGAGAUCAUGCAAAGUAGUAGAUGAAAGGAGAAGAGUGGUGGCUGAAAUCAAAAGGAAAGAAGCCACAAUUAGGGGGGUUUCUUUUGGGGUUGAGGUCUUUGUUUUGAUGGUACACCCUGGUUUUGAUCCUGGAUUUGCAAUGGCUUUGGUUUUGUUAUUGGAUCAAAUGUUUUCUUAGAUUUGUAGGAGGACCUUCUUCUAUAUUUCUUGUAAAUUAAUUUAAUUUUGUAAAAUUGAAAACAAAGAGAAAAAAUGAGCAAACUCUAUUAUUCGAGCUA